AUGACUGCCUCCACACAUGUUGGCGGCACUUGUGCCGUUCUCACUUGUGAAAAGAUCAUUUUGCUCAGCUCCAGACAUUACUGUGAUGAGCAUUCCGCAUUAGAGCCAACUGUGGCCAACAGAGAUCCCUCUGCUACGAAUAUGGCCAAGGGCUUUCGACCCUCCAACCGGACUUUUGUUGCUAAAAGAGGUCGAGGCAAAUUCAUGUUUACACCCUCGCGGCACUUUCCUAGGCAAGAUCCACCAUCUCAAGAUGCCUCUAGUCCGGAUACUAGCGCUCCCGUAACACAGUCUUCGAAAGCAAACGAACAAGAGGCCCCUCCUUGGUAUUUGGUACGAGAUAAAUCAAUUGAUACAAAUGACAGGAGCCACCAUCUCCGGCAAGAGAAGAACGGAGCCAGCCACGUUGGACCAACGCCCAACUCGGCGCAGAUCAAGGUAACCCAAGAUGUAGCGAAAGCUGACAAGGGCCCUUCUGCUGGCCAGGUAAAGUCACAUACUAUACCGAACACGAAGACGCGGUCGGGAAUGGAGUUGCAAGCCGAGACAGAGAAGGCGAUAAAUGAGCUACUCGGCCCCGUUUUUUUGCGGCAAAAACGGACUUAUUCUUCAAAUAUUGGAUCGGAAACGCUUCCCACAGAGGAUCUCAAGAUGGACGCGCAUCAGAAUGGGCAAACUGUCCAUGCAACUAACAGCCAACACUUGGCUGGGACGGCGCAAGCAACUUCUGAGGGGGCUCCUUCAAACGAAGGGUUAAAGAAGGCCGAGCCUUCCCCAGGCCUUCGCUCUCAACCGCGCGUUCCUUCCACCACUCCUGUGAAUCACAUGCAAUUUAUUUCUGAAGAUGGUGUCAAAUUUAAGUCUUCUCCUCGGACAACCAAGCCAAAGAAAGACAAUAUACAGAAACAUUCGGAGCAUCAUUAUCCAGAAACACGAACGAGUUCGAUGGCGAAGCUCUCAUCAACUCCCACUAAGGGCUCGGCUCCUCUGACAAGUAAAGGGCUCCCAGUCAGGAAACGUCAUUUUCAAGAUUCCCUACCUGAAGUAGGCGCCGAAGUCGAUGAUGAGGUGAAUAUGGCCGAUGUUAGUGACAUUGACGAGGAACCAAAGCCGGCCAAACCCCUCCCACUAUCCUUCCGUGCCAAAGCAGAAGCUCGCAAAAAGAGGCUUUUGGUCGAGUUCGAUUCCGAGGCAUUCGAUUCACUCAUAUAUCGACAGUCUAGUCAGCAACCACCCCCGUAUGUUACUGUAUCUUCGCGUAUCGUCAAGUACAACCCAGUUUUCGGCGACCAAAAGCCACUCUAUCUUCCGGUGAAUCCAGCAAUCCAUCACAUGCAUAAGCGAUCCCGUGCUUGGUAUAAAAAGAAAUGCGACGAAAUCAGACGGCGUCCAAAACGCAAAGAAUGGUUUGGCAAGGUCGUGGAGAGACAACGCUGGUUACAGGCUCUGGAGAUGAAACAGCAGGAGAAAAUCAAACAAGCUCAACAGGAUGGGACUACUCCCCCUUACAGACCACCAGAGCCGCGGGGUGUCAAGCGUAUUCUUGACUUUGGGGACUUGCCCGAGGAGGAACUGCCUGAAUAUGUGCGGAGUAAUCCUGCUUGGUUGAAAGCCUGCGCUUGGUUCAGAGAAUGUGAGGAUAAAGCGACUGCACGCCAGCGACAUGUCAACAACAAAACGAAAGAGACAGAGAGUUACUUUCAGAGCUUGAACGCUUGA